UUCUAUCCCGCUGGCGCUCGCCGGAUUACCUUCCCUCCUCCUCCGCCAAUCUCCCCCUUCCUUCCACCGCAGUUCUCAGUCAUCUCUCUCGCUUUCUCGCCGACCAGAACCUACGAGCUCCUCUAUCGCCAUUUCACGCUCCGUAGGUUGUCGUCGCGGUGAUGGACUCUCUCCAAGCCACGUACAGAGACGACGACGACGACGACGACGAAACAGGGGAGCUGCCCACUCGCCCCGCCCCUCCCUCCCCCGCCGACAAACCCUCCCCGCCGCCGACGACGGGCGCGCCGGAAAACCCCGCCGCUGUGAAAACCCAGCCCUCUUCCGACGCUUCGUCCACUGAUGACGAAGAAACCCCUGCUUCCUCUGAGCUCCGGAAAUCCCCCAAACGACCCCGGACUUCCCAAAACGACGAGGACGACGACCAGGAAGAGGAGGAGGAGGAGGAGGAGGAAGAGGAGGAGGAUGAAGAAGAAGAAGAAGACCCGUCUUCCAAAAAGCGGAAACCUUUGUCCAUUCUCUCUCUUCACCCACCUGAGGAGAACCAAGAACUCGAAGACCCGGCAGUAAUUAAGGAAGAAGGAGAAGAAGCCGAAGCCGGCUCUGUGGAACGUAAUGGGAGCGCGGCCGCCGGAAACGGAGCGGCUCCGAGCACGACCAACGGGAAGAAAUCGAGCAAGAAGAAGAGCAACAACGUGUGGUUGCCCAAGUCCACUCGGAAGGGCAAAAAGAACAAGAGCAAGAACAGCACCAACAACACCAACAAUGGCCACAAUUCGGCCUCCAGUGACAAGGUCUUGGUAGCCCCCUUGCCGCGGUUCCCCGACAGGACCGACGACAACCCGGAGAUGAAAAUCUGCCUAUCCAAGUUCUACAAGGCGGAGAAAGUGGAAUUGAGCGAGGACCGGAUGACUGCCGGCAGCACGAAGGGGUACAGGAUGGUUAGGGCCACAAGAGGGGUUGUGGAAGGCGCCUGGUAUUUUGAAAUAAAGGUGGAGAGGUUGGGUGAGACUGGGCACACGAGGUUAGGGUGGUCAACAGAGAAAGGUGACUUGCAGGCACCUGUUGGGUAUGAUGCGAAUAGCUAUGGGUAUAGGGAUAUUGAUGGGUGUAAGGUGCACAAGGCUCUCAGGGAGAAAUAUGGAGAUGAAGGGUACAAGGAAGGUGAUGUCAUUGGUUUCUACAUUAAUUUGCCCGACGGAGAGCAGUAUGCCCCAAAGCUGCCGCGCUUGGUGCUGUUUAAGGGGCAGAGAUAUGUUUCUCCGGCCAACCCAAAGGAGGAUCCGCCCAAGGUGGUGCCUGGGAGUGAGAUUUCUUUCUUCAAAAAUGGGGUAUGCCAAGGGGUUGCUUUCAAGGAUUUGUAUGGAGGCAGAUACUACCCAGCUGCUUCAAUGUACACUCUUCCUAAUCAACCUAAUUGUUUGGUCAGGUUCAAUUUUGGGCCUGAACUUGAAUGCUUUCCCGAUAAUUUUGAGGGACGUCCGCUCCCUAGGCUGAUGGUUGAAGUGCCUUACCAUGGGGUCGUGAACCCGGUUGAGAAUGAUGUGCCCCCCGAGAAGAAGAAUUAGCCAGUUUGGAGGGGGUGCUUUGGUUUAUGAGCUCCUUUUUGUGGAAUAGAGAACUGGAAGUUGCAUUCAACCUUUUGUUGAGGUCUUACUAGGGUUUGGGGCUUGAAAAGUCACAGUUUGAUGUAAAGUGUAAAGCUUUUCGUUUGGUUUAGGUAAGUGAAUCUGUGACUGUGUUAGACCAGCGAACUUGAUUAGAACUAGUCGUGUUUAUCAAUCUAGUUGAGGUUUGGCGUAUGAUAUCUAUAGGACUCUAUGUUCUUGUUCUGUCCAGGUACUACAUUCUGGAUUUUUCCAGGUACGUUUUUAAAACUUCUGUUCAACACUACAUACAGAAGAAGUUUUGCGGCUUAGUCAA